ACUGCGCCAUGCAUGGUGCGCAGAGAAGGACUGUCAUACGCAGUCCAUGGUCCCGGGUUCGCGAGGGCAGGUUGUAUAAGAUUGUGUUGUUUCUGUCAGAUCGUUGGCUUUGAUUCGAUUUUGCCAGUAUCGGUGAAGAUUUAGGAAAAAAUAGAAAAAAUAUUAUUCCGGUGACAUAGUACGCGGUCGACCUCGAAUUUGCGAGUUUCCAGUGUCGAACCCGCGACGUGUCCAAAAUGUUUUCCGGCCUAACGAGUCAAGUGUCCAACUGGAUGGGCAAGAAAGGCGAGGACGGCUCCGUUUUACCCGAAGAAAAAGUUGGCUCCCCAGGUGCCGGUGGUGAGAUUGAUGCAGAAAAAAAAGAUAAUAGUCAACAGGGAGGCAGUAAAAUGGAGAUGCUGGCAGGAGUGAAAUCCCAAAUGACUGGGUGGUUAAGUGGAGGGAUUCCUGGAUUGGGACGUGGAGCAGCAGGACCUGCAGAAGGUGAAACUCCACUUCCAGGAGAGAUCAAUGACAACGAGGUAGCAAGGGAUCCUGGCCAGGGUGCCACAACAGAUAAUGUAAAAGACGAUGAUGCUAGCAGGUGGGUUGCUGGUGCCACCGGGGGUGCUGACAGUGGACCAGCCAGCCUCGAGGGCACGCCGACUGAUGACAAAGAUGGACAACAAGCAUUUGGAGCUGUUUCUACAAAGGCCCUGGCAGGAGCGAAGAGUCUUGGUGGAUUUUUGUACAGCGCCGUGAACAAGGCAGGAAAAACAGUUGUAGAAGCCAGUGUGAAAAUUAAGAAGACGGUUGAGGAAAACAGACUAAUAGCUGAACUAAACAAAGAACAAGAUGCUUUCAUCGCUGGGAAACCAGGUGAAAAGGGCGAGGCUGUCGCUCCAUGGGUAGGUGCACCAAAUGAAGACGCAUUGCGUGAAGAAUGCCUAGCCCUUUCAACCGAUAAACGUAAUUUCGUGAGGGCACCACCUCCAGGCGUUGAAUUUGCAUGGGAUUUUGAGGCGGUUCAGCCAAUGGCACAAGCGACUCUCGCCUUAGACCCCAACUUAGAGCAGAUGAGGUUCGAACUGGUCCCCAAAGUCAUAUCGGAAGAGAACUUCUGGCGUAAUUACUUCUACCGAGUGUCCCUUCUUCGUCAGAGUCAUGAACUUAACGCUAUGGCGAGCCAAGCAGAAAGUAACCCUCAAAAUCUUACAUCUAGCAUCGACCAAACCCAAGUUCAAGUGAGCACUGGCCAAGGAACCACUGGAGUUGAUCCUUCAACGAGGAAUUCGACGACAGCUGAUUCACCAAGUCACGAAUUCGUGUCCGAUAGCGUACGAGCCUCGGACACAGAUUUGCAGGAAGUCAGGGAAGGCAUGAAAAAAUUAGGAAUGCAAUCACCCAAAGCCUAAAAGAAGAGGAGAAUCCCGUGUACCAUUAUCCAAAGCACAGCUCUCUUUUCUCCGAAACGACAUCGUUUUAGCGAUUAUCGAGUUUCAUUUUGCAUUUAUCUCUUCAGCUAGUCCCGUUUAUUUCGUUAUUUUUCUCAUUUUCCCUCGGUUUUUACUCUUUCAUUGAUACCCAGUCAUCGAUAGUCGUUCGUGAUUAUUCAUAAUUAUGGUUUUAACUUUGAUCUUUACGUUUCCAUUCCUUUUGCGAUUUAUGACACGAUCGAGUCAGUCGGAUAAGUUCGAAACUAAUCUGAAAGUUUAGGAUACACCUUCGUAGUCGAAAUUCGGACUAACGUUCAGGAUUAACUGUACCGUUUACAAUGUUAGAAAAUACAUUUAAAACCCACGAGUGGUGCAAUUAACGGUAAUUAAUAUAAUUAUUACUUGAAGGUACGCGCGCAUCAAAUAAGGAACAAAAAAUUAUAUUUGACUAUCUGUCCGUCUGUCUGUCGUCUGUCUGUCCGUCUGUCAUCUAUACUUAUCUUGUCACUUUAUUCUCUCCGUGUUGUAAAAGUUGUAAAGUAUAUAAAAUACCGAUGAUUAUUAUUAUAUAAAGAAAACAUAAGAAGAGCAAAAUAUAACUUAGAUUAUUAAAUUUGUUGAAUGACAAUACGUGUUUACGGGAUAAUAAAUGUCACGAUUGUAUAUUAAGAAACUUCGUGCGCGGAGACCGGCUAAAUAUCAACGCUGGCUGUAGAAAAAAAUGCCCGGUUCGUCGAAAAAUUACAUAAUCGCGUUUUUACACUAGAGAGACGUAACGCUGGAACGUGAUUCGCUGCUUUUUGAUCUCCGCCAUAAGCUGGUCCUCAAAAGUAAGAUUUUUUUAAAUGGCCCCGAUUUCUUACUUUUCGGCUUAUGUGGCAAACAUUUUUGGUGAAAAAAUUCGAUUUUUUAGGACCGCUUUAGUGCGCUCAGAACUUGGGUACAAGUUUAUCGAUACAAUUUUCGCUAACUCAAAAAAUAUAUUUUGAACCUAAUUUUAGAAAUUUAAGUUAUAUUUAAAUUCUGAUUUAGUACCUUAAAAAAUUCGCAUUCCGAACUCGUUUGAAAAAAAAUAUUCCUUAUUUCGUUUUGAGCCAGCGAAUUUUGGUAAAAUGGAAUGAUAGACAUAUAUAAAAUAUCAAGAGUUUAUCGUUCGUUAAAAAGAGACAGGAUAUCAUAAAUUUUCACAAGAGAGAAAGGUCGAGAAUACGAGGGAGAAACCGUAGGCCUAUCUAUUUAAAAUUCAAAUAAAGGAUAGUUUGCGCGCAGGACGUGCUCGCGCCUUUAACGUUUGUUUAAGAGAAACUUUUUAAGAUAAUGGUGCAAGUAUCAUCGUGCAACUCAUGCGUGUAUAAACGAUCCUUAAUGGGCUGGAAAUUCGCAGCUUUUCUGUCCAAAUGUUUUCCUGCUAUUUUCGAUUUCUGAGACCCCCAAUUCGCUUGUCCCGGUGAUAAAAGAAUUCAAUUGAAUUAUAUCAAAUUUAAGGAUAGAGAAGAAUGUAGGAUUAGAUAAAUCUGAAAUUUGCGCUAAGUGAACUUUCACCUCUUUAACAGGUUCAAUCUUGAUCCUGUUUCGUCUGCUAUUAAAAACGUUUCGUUUGAACAUUUUUCGCUCCAAAAUUGCUACAAGACUUUCUGAUCAAUUCUCAUUGCUUUGGACAGCCGUUCUAUUAUGAACAGUCGAUUAUUAAUCGCUGUUAAUCUGUGAUUUAGGAGUUUAUGCGAUUAGGAGACUUUGCUUUAAAAACUAGUUGUGUUGAUUAUUAUCAAGUAGAAAAAAAUGAGGUUCAAUUUAUGAUAGGGAUAAAAAGGAAUGGUUGGAAACCCAAUUGUCUAAAUUACUUUGUCAAAAAUGACAAAAAAUUGAUUUUUAUGAACUGAUUUCUCAAUGAUUCCAACAUUUCUUUCCUUGAUCAAUCGUGAGAUUGAAUUCCUGGUCUAUUGCGUGUCGCUUUCCGUUUUCAUCACUUUUUAUUUUCCAGCACUUGGAUUUAGUUCAUCUCCUUUUUAAUUUGAGUUGCAUUAACUAGCGAACAUUCAUUCUCCACUUGUCAUAAACACAAUGCACAACAUACACAGAGAGAUAAAAAAAAAUACGCACAUACACACGUCCAGUGGCCCUCUGGAAAAAAGCUUCAACGCUGCUUGUGACUCCGCAGAAGAAGAUUGGGAACGGGAAUUGGAAGCUGAGCUCAAGGAUUUCGAAGUUGUUUCCGGACAGGAGAAAAAUCAGGCGGCGAACUCUGGAAAGGACGAUUGGGAGGAGCAAAUGGACGAUCUC